AUGUUCUUCUUUACAGAAGAGAAUGAAAAAAUUGAGUGGUUUGAAUGUGAAGAGAUAAUUCCUGAUACACAAAUCAAGCAACUAGAUGACAUAAUCGUUCAUGCCAAAAUGUUUACUUGCUAUGAUGUUGAAAUAGGACAUGUUAAUCAUUUGGAUAAGGUGUUUUUGAAUGGAGAUAAUAAAAUGAAUGCCUUUGAAUUAGCAGAAAAAGAACAUAGUGAUCUAGUAGUUGGUAAAUAUGAAGGUGGCCUUAAAGUAUGGGAAUGUACAAAUGAUUUGGUGAAAUAUUUAGUUGAACAUCAUAAUACUAUCAAGUUGAAGGAAAUUAUAAUAGAGAAA